AUGGGCGACCCAGGACCGCCUAGUAUGGUCGGAAAAGAAGGAAUGCCGGAACCUGCACCCAGACCCAAAGGCCCGAAACUCAAGUUCACCCGUGAAGACGAUGCGCUUCUUGUCAGACUAAAGGAGACCAAGAACUUGACCUGGAAACAGAUUGCCGAAUUCUUUCCAGGUCGGAGUGCUGGCACAUUGCAGGUUAGGUACUGUACCAAGCUCAAGGCGAAGACCACUUUGUGGAACGAUGAUAUGAUUCAACGUCUCCGCACGGCAAUGCAAGACUACGACAACGACCGCUGGCGGUUCAUCUCGAGCAAAGUCGGCAGUGGCUUCUCUGCUGCAGCAUGUAAAGCAAAGGCAGAAGAGAUAGAGGCCGAAGACAUGAGAGAAGAUCAUGGUGCAUCAUCUGGCUCCGAUGAUGAUCAACAGGAUGGUGCCGAUGGAGAUGAUGCUGAAGAGGAGGAUGCAAAGGGCGAGGUAGAGACAUAA